AUGCAUCAAUCCGUUAUUCUGGCGCUCGCCAUGGCCGCUGCCGCCCAGGGCGCAGUUGACAACUCGAAGCUCGAUCCUCUGCGCUUCCGACAAGACGGCACGUUUCACAUUUCCGUCUUUUCAGAUCUGCACAUGGGCAUGUAUGCCAACGUCCCACGUGGUCCAAAGCAAGAUGCCAAGUCCGUCUCCGUCAUGGCGUCGGUGCUCGACAUGGAAAGGCCCGACUUUGCCGUCAUCAACGGGGACCUGAUCAACGGCGACAGCACCCGCGCCGACAACAGCACGCGCUACCUCGACCAGAUUGUCCAGCCGCUCGUCGACCGCAACCUCACCUGGGGCUCGACGUACGGCAACCACGACCACCAGCCCAACCUGUCGGGCGAGCUGCUCCUCGCGCGCGAGCAGACCUUUUCCGGCGCCCGCACGCAGAGCAUGGUGCCCGGCGCGGCCGCCGGCAGCACAAACUACUACCUGCCCGUCUACUCGGCGAGCUGCAAGGAUGUCCGCUGCUGCGCGCCCAAGCUACUCCUCUGGUUCUUUGACAGCCGCGGCGGCUACUACUACCAGCAGCGCGACCGCCUCGGCCGCGCCGUGCACCAUCCCAACUGGGUCGACGAGAGCGUGGUGCAGUGGUUCGCGGCCACGAGCGCCGGCUUGCGGACGCGCUACGGGCGCGUCAUCCCCUCGCUGGGCUUUGUGCAUAUUCCCGCCUACGCGUCGGUCGAGCUGCAGAACAAGGGCGUGCACCCCAACCGCCAACCGGGCAUCAACGACGAAAAGGCUAGCCCGCAGGCGCAGGGGUGGUGUGAGGGCGGCGCCCACGAGUGCCCGUAUGGCAAGCAGGACACGGCGUUUAUGAAGGCCAUUGCCGCAGUCGACGGCAUGAUGGCGCUCUUCUCCGGCCAUGACCACGCCAACUCGUGGUGCUACAAGUGGGACGGCGAGCUCCCCGGCGUCGAGGCCAAGGGCAACGGCAUCAACCUGUGCUACGGCCAGCACACAGGCUACGGCGGCUAUGGAGACUGGAUCCGUGGCUCGCGAGAGAUUUUCGUGUCCCUUGACAAGCUUCGUGACCUGACCAUUGACUCGCAUAUUCGCACCGAGCUAGGCCAGGUCAUUGGUGCCGUCUCACUGAAUGCCACGUACGGCCAGGACUCGUAUCCCGCGUCGCCCAACGACAAGACAUACCUGUAA